CCUUUUUUUGAUAUCCAUAUUUUUUUGUCUCAGAAUCCUCCGCACUUCACUGAUGGCACCAUCCGCCGCGCCAUCGAGCAGCCCCGACGCAAGUGCGCAGCCUGGCGCCGCAGCAUCCGUGUCUCGCAACCACCCGCGCGAUGAGCUCGUCGUCGUGGCAGAGAACGAGGAGAAGGAGAAGGAGGAGCCGCUGCGCGUCGCCAUCAUUGGCAGCGGAAUGGCGGGACUGACUGCAGCGUGGCUGCUCAAGCUGGACACUGAGCAGCGGGCCACCGAGGCCCAGGCGACCCAGACCGCACCAAUGGCAAGCACAACUACUGCUACGUCCACGAGUAGUGCGCGACCCAUCCACGUCGAGCUGUUCGAGUCGCAGCACGCGCUGGGCCUCGGGGCGCACGCGGUCGACCUCCGCGUCGGUGCUCAUGACGCCGUCGUCGACAUCCCGCCGCGCGUCUUUGUCAACCAGUUCUACACGCAAAUCAUCUCACUGUACACUCACAUUGGCAUUCCGUUCUUUACUUCGAACGCCGCGACAACCUACCUCACGCUGCCCGCGUCAGCAGUUGCUGCCGAAGAAGCGCAGGCGGCCGACGCGACCACCGCUACCAGCUCAACGGGCUCGUCUUCAACGGAUGCCGCUAGCGCUACUGCUGCUGCUGCUGCUGCUGCUGCUGCUGCUGCUGCUGCGCGAAACGACGCGGACGACGACUUGCACUUCCAGUUCUUCAAUCUGCUCGUCGGACCGUGGUCGGUGCCAAUGAUCUCGCCACGCUUCCUCCUCACACGCUCCUUCUGGCGCAUUGCCAUCGACAUGUUCCGGUUUAAGCGCCAGACUCGCGAAGCCUUCUUGUCCGGCAAGACCCACGGGAUUACUCUGGGUGAAUUCCUCGUCGCCAACAAGUACUCGGAGGAUUUCUCAGAUCGUUUCUUCAUUCCCAUGUUUGCAGUGAUUUGCACGUGCACAUGCGAGUCGGUCAGAAACUACCCCCUGCAUGACAUUGUCGAGUUUAUGCUCUGCUUGACACUGCAGGGGAAUGGCGUGAAGCGAUCGGUGUGCGGUACGCGUGAUAUUGUCAAUCGCCUGGCGCGGCACCUGGACAAGGUGCAUCUGGGCACCAAAGUGACUGCCGUCUACCCAACCCCCGACGGCUCGGGUCGCGUCAAUGUGGAGGUCGACGGCCAAACACUCCAUUUCGAUCACGUCGUCCUGGGCACCCAGGCCAACCAUGCGCUUCAAAUCCUCAAGGAACCAACAGAGGAACAGCGCGUCGCCUUGUCUGGCAUCAACUAUGAGACCACGUGCGUCAAGUUGCACCGUGAUCGGGGACUGAUGCCCGCGUCGCCGGCCAACUGGUCGCCGAUGAACAUUUUUGUCACUCCUGCAGGUGGCGAGGUCAUGUGCACGGCGUGGCAAAACUACAUCCAGCCAACGCUUGAUCAAAACGAUCACGUCUUCCAAACAUGGAAUCCGCUGCUCGAGCCCAAGCCUGAGCUGCUGGUCGCCACUGGACACUUCCAACGGCCGGUCGUCACGCUCAAAACCGCGCAUGCCCUCGAAGUGCUCCGCUCCAUCCAAGGACGCUCCAACAUUUGGUACUGCGGCGCAUACAGUCUGCCUGGAAUUCCUCUUCUCGAGAAUGCCGCACGGAGCGGCCUGGCCGUGGCAGAGUCCAUUUCCUCCCUGCGUCGUCCCUGGACAUCGCCUCUGGAACGUCAAAUCGGCACCCAUCGCUCCAUUUUUGCUCAAUUUCGACGUGGAAUUACUUGGACGGCUGCGGUGUGUGUUGUCGCCGUUGCUUACUCCAAGUGGUCUUCUCGAUAGGUGUUUUGGGUUUGGCAUUUAGUUUUUUUGGGUUUGUUUUUUUCUGAACGUGUAAUUUUCAAUUUACU